ACGACGCGCUCCCAUUGGGCCACUGCGCCGGAGAGGGGAGACAUGGGGGGAAACAGGCCAGAGGUCUCGCUAAACAUGACACUGGCAAGAAAAGCGCCGCAUUGAGCUUUCGGUGAGCUUUUCACGGACGCGCGCGGCUUUACAACACUAAUCUGUGUUACGUGAUGAUCAAAACUAAAAACAUUAUAAAAUAAUUUUUGUUUUUUAUUACUGGCCAUAAAUAUGAAUUGUAGAAAGUGGUUGAUUAAAAAUAAAAUUUAAAUUUAGAACUGUCAAAGUUUUCUUUUUAAUUAAAAAUGUCGCUCGGAAAACAGCCUAAUGAGCAUAUCAAGAGGCCUAUGAACGCCUUCAUGGUGUGGUCGAGAGGGCAGCGGAGGAAGAUGGCACAAGACAACCCUAAGAUGCAUAAUUCCGAGAUAUCGAAGAGGCUGGGAGCGGAGUGGAAGCUGCUCACCGAGAUGGAAAAAAGGCCGUUCAUUGAUGAAGCAAAACGAUUGAGGGCACUACACAUGAAAGAGCAUCCAGACUACAAAUACAGACCGCGGCGGAAACCGAAGCCGCUCGUUAAAAAAGAGCCGAAAUUCGGCUUCGGGAUCAACGGUCUGAUGGCGCCGGUGCCGAGGCUGGUAACUCCAUCAGUGCCCCAUCCGGUGCCGCAGUUGCCGGUACCACAUCACUUGCUGGCGGACAAGCCGGACCUAAGCCGUGCGCUGUUCCCACCACUACCAUACCCGUUCUACCCAUUCGCUAAGUUGCCGUCUGAUGAUGGUAAAUUAGCGGCUGAGCUGGCGCAUUUGCAGGCCCUGUACGGCGGCGCUCUGUACAGCAGCGCGCUCUACAGCAGCGCGCUGUCCCCGUGCGGGUGCCCGCCGCGCCGGACCCCCUCCCCCCCGCCGGACCUCAAGCGCCCCGUCGCCUACGUGCUGAUGAAGAGCGACGAGGAGCCGCCCCAGCAUGUCAUAUGAAGGCCGGUCGCGCUCCCGGCGCGGGCGUGGCCGUCCCACUGGGAGCGACCCUCGACCUCAGUCCAGGAGAGGGAGUGCAGCUCACCAGACAGUGUCUAGAGAGUGAGACUGAACUAAUCUGUGGAAAGUGAAGAGACCGUCCUUUAUUUCAACGCCGGUAUAUUUGAAGCCGGGAAACGAUGUUGAAGAAACUACAGAGAACUGACGCCAAACUGUUUAGAAAGGAAAAGCUCUAAGGAGCACUAACAAACUAGAUAAUUGAUAAUAUUUUGUGCACAACGGAGCAAGACGGUUACAUACAGUUAACGUUGAAUGUGUACACUGUACAGACAGCAAUGGACUACGUGCAAUGUGAAUUUGUUAUUUGUUAGACCGCCGCACGGCUUUGUACAUUAGAUAACAUAUCAUAAACUGUACUUAGCUAGGGAAUUGUCAAUUUUGUAAUCAACAACACGUCUAGGACGUGAAUAUCAAGUUAGGCCCGUUUCUAUAAAAUGAUAACCUUAUGGUAUGUCAUUACGCUAAUGAACACAAAUGAGGAAUCCGAUGCGUUCCUAAAAUUGGAGAAAGGCUUAGACGAAGAAAUUGGUUAAUUCUCCUUUGCGGAGAUCUCUAAAUGUUGUUUAGCAUAAUCUCGACUGGAGUGUACAUAGUAUAGGUUAUAAAAAGAGAAAUGGUGCGAUCUAGAACGUGGGGAUUUUAAAAGACUUUGGGAAAUCUCUGAGCACUAGGACUAAUCCUGUAAAGAUUUUAUCCGUCGUAAAAUAACGUUUGUCUCCUUCACGCACGUUUCAUUUUUCUUUAUAUCAUCAUUUAUUUGAUUCCAAGUCGGAGCUAACAGCCACUUUGUCAAUAUUUUUCGCAAAGUUAACUUACUGUUUACUAUCUGUAGAUUUUGCGUAGGUAUAUGUUUUUUAAUAAAACCAGUUCCGACUUUACAACUGAAGCUAUUCAUUCCUAACUUUCUCAUGUAUAUAGGUAAUCCAAAAUACAGUAGAACAAUCCCAAUAUAAUAAACAAACAUACAUAUCUAAUUUGUACAUAAAAAUUAUUAUUGUAAAUACACUUAACACUUAAGAUCUAUGUUGAUUUUCGUUUGUUUAUGUUUUUAAGAUUUUUUUGUUUUUCUUGUCUUCCGAUAAAUCUUCGUAAAUCAUUAAUAUGUAAUAAAUAAUAAUACUUAAGCAAUAAGAUUUGAAACUUGGACUUGGAUCAGAAUGAUUGACAAUUGCGCCUGAAUUACGCAUACAAUGUCUUGAUCAACUGACCAAAAAUAAUAGAAAUUAUAUUCUUGUUCUUUUGUGGUUACAAAAUGACCCCGCUGCACUAAUGGUGGGGUCUAAUAGAAUAUCGACAGACAAGAGAUGAUACUUCUCGACAGUCGACACAAUUAUGCCGGGCUGUUGGAAUCGGAUAUACACAGGCUGAUCCCGAAACGCGACACACUUCCGUGGGGCAUUAUGGCAGGAUUUACCACCUUGGUACAGUAGUCGCUAUCCGGGCGGAUAUUAAAUAUACCCAACCACCAGCAAAGGGUUCUUGGGUGUUAUAUCACUAUGUAAAAGCUAGAUGUUCACAUAAUGUGGUCUUAUAAAAGGUUGUGUUAUAUUCUGACUUCAUCGGACUUGAAACUCUUGUCAUAUUGAUAAAGCCUCAAUUCGAUUGAUUGAGUUUCUUACGCGAAGUUUUUAGAGGCGAGUUCCGCCUGUUAACGCGGGCAAGUUUUGCCUCGCCACUAUAUUUUCAAUUUUUAAGUUCUUUCAAGAAUCGCAAUUUCUCCGUCUAAUUAAUGCACAACGCUUCUACAGCAACUAUUUGAAGCCACAAUAAAGCCAAGCUGAAACAUCUUUUACAUAACUUCCCUUUUCUUGAGACAGUGUUCAAAAUCCCGCGAGCCCCUCAAUAUCCAAAAAUCACAAAAUGCUUCAAGCCGAAAUACCUUUUACAUAACUUUCUGUUUCUCGCAGCAGUGUUCAAAACCCGUGGGUCUUUCAAGAUCCUAAGAACCUGAGUUCCAAGGUAAACAAUGUGCCAUUUUAAUAACAUUAAUUUGCAAUACAAGAUUUUCACGAUAUAUAUAAUAGUUAUUAUAUUUUAUUAAACUGUAAAUACGUACUUUUUUUUUAUUGUUAAAGAGAGCGUAAUAUGACAUCUGUAUAUUAGAAUAAGAUCAAACCCUCAGAAAUCAAACCAAAUACAGUACGUGACAUUGAGUUAUUAUUAUUAGGAAUUUAUAAUUGCUUUAUUUUUCUUGAAAAUGGACAGAUUCAUGCAUAAAACCGUUUGCCCACUAUCUCCGUCGACAAUAAAUGAUAUUAUUUGUGUUCUUUCGGACUGAGGAAGACGCGACUGCAAUCAACUGUCCAUCGCUACCAAUAUUAUUUAACCUUCUCAAAUCUGUACAUCUCCACCAAUUUAAUUAAUCGUGGACAAAUUGAGUCUCGAACUUGAGAUGCAUCUUGAGAUAGCGCUAACCAAUCCACUACUUGCGAACUUAAGAUUACCAUCAUUUCACGAGGCUAUCCGAUAAUACAACUUAUUUUUAAGUGAAUUUCAUUACUGCAAAUAGUUUUGCUUAGAAAAACCAAAUUGUUAAACCAUGUUGUUAAUUUGCCAUGAACUGAAUAAGAUGUUUUGUAAUAUAGUAAUUGUUAUUUUUUUUAUUGUUACAAUGUUUGUUUUGUAGCGUUUAGUUUUUAUAUCGAAUAUCGUUUAAGUUUUGUACGUUUCAGUUGAUAAAAUAAAUAAUGAUGCUA